AUGGAAUCAUAUAAAUGCCGAUUUCACUUAAAGAAUGCACACCUUAAAAAAUGUAAAAAAAAAAACAAGCAAUUUAACGAAACAGCACCUGCACCCAUUGAAGAAGCAUCUGUUGAAUUUAAUGAAAAAUCUAAUAAAGAAACAUGGACCAUAAUUUAUG